GGCGGCAGUUGCUCCUCGCAGUCAGAGCCCAAACGGAGCUCCGGCACAACUCCUGGACGAGACAUGUCGGAACGCCAGGUGCCUUUCACCUUCCUGCGCACCCCCAGCUGGGAUCCCUUCCGGGACUGGUAUCGGGGCAGCCGCCUCUUUGAGCAGUCCUUUGGAAUGCCUCUCAUCCCUGAAGAUUGGUACAAAUGGCCUGUGGGGACCAGCAGCUGGCCGGGCUAUAUCCGCCCGCUGGCCAGCAUCAGCCCCGAACCUGUAGCUGCUGGUCCCAUUGUCACCUCACCGACUGCCAACCCAGCCUACAACCGGGCCCUGAGCCGCCAACUGAGCAGUGGCAUUUCUGAGAUUCGGCAAACUUCAGACACCUGGAAAGUGGCCUUGGAUGUCAACCAUUUCGCACCGGAGGAACUGGUGGUAAAGACCAAGGAUGGGGUGGUGGAGAUAACUGGUAAGCAUGAAGAAAGACAAGAUGAGCAUGGGUUCAUUUCCAGAUGUUUCACCAGAAAAUACACACUUCCCCCUGGUAUCGAACCUGCCAUAGUCCGUUCGUCACUGUCCCCUGACGGCACACUGACAGUGGAAGCUCCAUUGCCCAAACCAGCCAUCCAGUCUGCAGAGAUCAAGAUUCCCGUCACCUUCGAGGCCCACGCCCAGAUCCCGCCAUCAGAGGCUAAGAAGCCUGUGGAAGCAGCCAAGAAAUAAGGGCCUCUGGAGAUCCGCGGCCUGUCUCUAGGAGGGGGGAAAAGGGCAUUUCAGAUCCUCGUUGAUUCCUUUUUAUAAAGCUGUUCUUGCAUUUGCUCCACACCACACAUUAAUUUGUAAAGCUUUCCUGUGAUCCAUUAAAAGAGAACAUGUUUGCUCACCUAA